AAAAUUAAAAGUUAUAUUUAAGGGUUUAGGAAUUUUGUAGUACUUAAAAUACUGUGUAUAAUUCAACGACUGACAUUUGUCCAUAGAAAAGGGACUAUGAGCUAAGUCGCACUGGGAUUGAAAUUCUUGUCACUACGGAGGUUUCGGUAUCUAACAACUUAAAUUCACACUUUACAUCAAAUUUCAUUUGGGGAAAUUUUUUACAUAAUAUUUCCCCCAAAUAUUGCAUCCAGGCAGGCAUAUCAUCGACAAUUAAUAAUAUAAAAACUACCCAUAUAUAUAAAUGUAAUGGAUGCCCUCUCCAUCAAACUCUUUUCUAGCCUUCCCUCAAACACACCAAUAAAAAAGAAUUGUUAGAGAAGCCUAAAUGGGUGCCUGUGUAUCCUCAACUUCAACCUCAAAACCAGGCAAAACAGUAGGAGGAGGAGGAGGAUCAUCGAGCGCAACCAAACGGUCAUCGAUGGCAGCCACGGUGGUUCACAUGGAUGGUCGUGUCCAAGAGUUCAGGCAAUCAAUCCAAGCCAACAACAUCAUUUCCCUCAACCCCGACUGCUUCCUCUGCAGCUCAGAGUCGAUGUCCAUCGGUACUUGUGUGCCUCAAAUGCCUGUUGAUGAGGACCUUCAACCUGGACAAAUCUACUUCUUGUUGCCACUCUCCCAAUCACAUAAACCCCUUACCUUGCCAGACUUGUGUUCUCUCGCCAUUAAAGCUAGUGCUGGCCUUGGUAGAUACAGUGUUGACCUCUCCUCAAGCCGCUCUAAACUCAUUCUCAGGUGAUGAUCAGGGUGGUAACAUUCGACAUGUUCAUCUGCAGGUUAAUUCAGGGAAUUUUUUUUUUUUUUGGCUAAUGCUUUUUGCAAUUCUUUUUUCAUAAAUGUGACUAAUAUUAUCUGAAAUAGAUUGGAAAAGUCAACGGUUUUCGAUUGGAUUGGUGUUUUUCACUUUAGGAAAGUACUAGUAGCCAUCUCCAUCUAACUUUGUUAGCCGGUUCAUCAACCUUUCCAGCUCCUUGGAAUUUAGAACUGAAGGCAACUUGUCAUGGCCUAUUGCUAUGCUCAGCUCUAAGACUUCAUUUCUCAAUCUUUACCAGCCGUUUUGGUUGCUUUUGCAUUGUCCUUCUAUCAUUUGUUUGGGACUGGUUAUUGGGUUCAUCGCCAUUUUCGUUCCCUUCGAAGCUUAAUAUUAUAUACUUGUAUAAAAUUGUAAACACAACCAAGGCAAAUGAAUUGCUUGAACUACACAGAACCAGCAGUUCUGCCUUCUGUCAAGCCACCUACAUAUUUUUCAGAGCCAUUCCAACUAAUGUAUCAUAGUUUUGCAGUAGCCUUAAUUUGAUUUCAAUUCAAAAGGAAUUUAUUAGGGUGUUGGGAA